GGGAGCGAGAUAUCUCUGAAGCUCAACCAGUGGCACGACAAUCUCCAGACGAGGAAGCGUUGGACUAUCCGGUUCGUCCGAUGGCCUCCUUCGCUACGCUCCCGGUGCUGCCAUCCCCUCUUCAUAGCAGUUCCCCGGUUCCUGUUAACCGAUUGAAAGGGUCACUCCCAUCUCGAAGCCGGCUGAUUUUCCCCGCCGCUGUUAAAUGUGACGCCGCCGAGGAAUUUAGGUCUGACAUUGGACGAUUCCCAAGUAAGAGGAGAGAAUUGUUGCUUCAGAUCUUUCUUGCUUCACUCUCUUUACCAUUUGUAGCGACGAAUGCUUCAGCUGAGACCGAUCUUCAGGAGAGUUUCCGAAUAUACGAAGAUGAGAUGAAUAAAUUUCAGAUAUCCAUUCCAAAAGAGUGGCUAGUUGGUGCUGGUGAUGCGAAUGGCAUCAAAUCAGUUACAGGAUUCUACCCUGAAGAAUCAUCUGAUUCUAAUGUCAGUAUCGUGAUCACGGGGCUUGGUCCUGACUUUACCAGAUUGGAAUCUUUUGGCAAUGUGGAUGCAUUUGCAGAAACUCUGGUAAGCGGUUUGGACCGAAGCUGGAAAAGGCCCCCAGGAGUUACAGCAAAGCUGAUUAGUUCGAAAUCUACAAAUGGGUUGUAUUAUGUGGAGUAUACAUUGCAAAAUCCUGGAGAAAGAUGCAGGCACAUUCUCACAGCCCUUGGCGUUGCAUCCAAUGGUUGGUAUAAUCGGCUGUACACAGUCACUGGACAGUAUAUGGAGGAUGAAGCUGAGAAGUACCAACCCCAAGUAGUGAAGAUGGUAUCAUCGUUCAGAUUGAUACGAGAAACUAAAGAAAUUCCUGGAGAAACAGCUUUUCUCCUAAGGCUUUGAAAAGUCCUAGGCACUCCCCAUACGUAUUUCUUGUGUAUGCUGUAACUUCACAUGCUUUGUGUCCAUUUAUAAUCUUACCAUAAAGAAACAAUUUACAACAUUUAUCAUCAUACAAAUUUUAGUUGCAGAUGUCUGAGCUAAAGUUUUCAA